GGCUUGCCAAUCUCCCAACUACAUUUCAUUAAUUUCUUGCCCUUUGUUUUUUCUCCGUCUAGGUCUUUAUAGUUUCAGUGUCCACUCAAUUCCCAUUCCUCUAGAUAACUUACUCUACUGUGUAGCUAGGCCACCCUUUUUUUUUCCUACAAAUCAAAUCUCUCUCUCUUCGCUCCUAUCUUUGAUGGCCUGCUUUUUGACUGGUCUCAGGCGCAUUUACCUUUCGAUCUACAAUUGGACCGUCUUCAUCGGCUGGUUUCAGGUUCUGUUUUUGGCGUUGAAGACGUUAAAAGAAUCGGGCCAUGAACAUGUCUACAAUGCCGUUGAAAAGCCUCUCCUUCUCUCCCAAUCCGCCGCCGCUUUAGAGAUUCUUCACGGUUUAAUAGGUCUGGUUAGGUCGCCAGUGUCAUCAACUCUGCCACAAGUAGGAUCACGAUUGUAUUUAACUUGGGGAAUUUUAUGGAGUUUUCCUGAGAUUCGGACCCACAUUCUUGUUAGCUCGUUGGUCAUCAGUUGGUCCAUAACAGAGAUUAUUCGCUAUUCUUUCUUUGGCAUGAAGGAGGCCUUUGGUUUUGCACCUUCAUGGCAUUUGUGGCUUAGGUACAGUUCCUUUUUGGUUUUGUAUCCGACUGGCAUCAGCAGUGAAGUUGGUCUGAUAUAUUUGGCCCUGCCAUAUAUCAAGGGCUCUGAGAAGUAUUCUGUAAGAAUGCCAAACAAGUGGAAUUUCUCUGUUGAUUACUUCUAUCUUGCAAUUCUUGCCCUUGGAUUCUAUGUCCCGGGUAGUCCUCAUCUGUACCGUUAUAUGCUUGCGCAGAGGAAGAGAGCUCUUUCCAAAUCGAAAAAGGAGUAGAAUGGAAUCUAGAUUUGUAAUGUUGUGUUCAUUAUUUAUCUGUGCAUGUAUCAUUUCAUUCUUCUUCUUCUUCUUAAUUAUUGCCUGUGGCUAAAGUGUUCCACGAUCAGCCUUCUCCUUUAAUAUGAUGGUGUAGAUGCAGAUCAAAUACCAAAUGGUAAAUUUCAAAAAAAAAAAAAAAACCAAAUGGUAAGUUUGGUGGUUUGGCGUA